UCUUCUUCGGCUGCAGGUUUAGUGAUCGUUUGAUGUGAACCGCCAAUAAACCUUCAAAGAAGAAAAUGAAGAAUAGUUCGAUGUGUAUAAUGUAAAUAUAGUCAUGUUUAAUGUUUAGUCAAUAUCUGGUCAGCGUUGAAUGUCUUGGUGAUGCGUUGCAACAGUUUCAGACUACAACUUAGCGAAAUACUUGUUUUCUAGCUAACUAAGCUAAUGUAUAGUAUUUUAAAGAGAUUUAAUCAUUUUAAAAAACAUGGCAGCGGAUGGAACACCUUGUUCAGGGUUCAUGGAUUGGGAGCUUGAAACGUCGACAUGUAAUGGACUUAAACAGGAGAAACAACUGUGUGCCUCUCAAAGGAGGUGCUACAGCUUAUGCAGGAGGAAGUCGUUUUCCGCCUUCGUGGCCUCCAAGACGGACGGCGGCGGCGCGGAGGCAGGAAGCCCGUCUUGGCGCUGCUGUAGCCAGACCUUCAGCGAACACUCUGCCGUUCACAAACACGUGGCCAGGACCCACGACGCUGAGAUACGACAGCUCACACAGGCCGCAUACGAGCAUUUGUUAAGCCGGCUGAAAGAAGAAGAAGAAGAGGCUGAAACGCAGCGGCGGACCGAGCGUGAGGCCGAGCCGGUGGACAUUUCCGCCUGGAUUCCUGAAACUGGUCACGUCUCUGAGGAGCAACUUCAGAAGGGUCCAGGCAAGGUGCUCCUCUUCUAUCGUUACUGUCGGGUGGAGGAUCCUCAUCUCCUCCGGGCUUGGCAGGAAGCUUUGUGUGAGAAGCUCCACCUGACGGGCAAGGUGCGGCUGGCGACCGAAGGCAUCAACGGGACGGUGGGUGGCACCAACGCGGCCGCGGACCUUUAUAUCGACGCGAUGCGUUCACACCCGCUCUUCAAGAUGGAGAGGGAGGAUUUUAAGACAAGUGAUGGCGGCCCAGAGUGUUUUAAGGACAUGAAGGUCGGGGUCUAUAAGGAAAUCGUCCCGAUGGGAAUGGAUCCAGAUGUUAUUUCCUACCAGCUGGCAGGGGAACAUCUGGAGCCGGAGGAGUUUCAUAAAGAAGUUCAGGCUCUGCUGGCGGGAGGCGACUCGAGCCGCGGCACCGUCCUGCUGGACUGCCGCAACUUCUACGAGAGUAAGAUUGGGCAGUUCACUCAGUGUCUGGCGCCGAGCAUCCGCAAGUUCAGCUACUUCCCGGACUACGUGGACCAGAACCUGGACCUGUUCCGGGACAAGAAGGUGUUGAUGUACUGCACGGGAGGGAUCCGCUGCGAGCGCGGCUCCGCCUACCUCCGCUCCAAAGAUGUGUGUAAAGAGGUGUACCAGCUGAAAGGUGGAAUCCACAACUACCUGGAGCGAUUCCCGGAGGGUUUCUAUCGAGGGAAGCUCUUUGUGUUCGAUGAGCGCUUCUCCAUCUCCGCCAACGAGGACGUCAUCUCAGACUGCAGGUACUGCGGCGGCCCCUGGGACCGGUACCAGCUCUGCUCCACCGAGUUCUGCCGCCAGCUGGUUCUGUCCUGUCCCGCCUGCAGACGGGACGGCGGACGCACCGCCUGCUGCCCCGCCUGCCAGAGCAAAGGCCGGGCGCCGCACCGCAGGGAGGAGUGCGACUGCACCGACGGACGGCCCAGAAUCCCUCGGGACGCGUAGGACGUCCAACGCGCCUCAGCCACGGGAAACGAAAAGAAUCCCAGGGACGCUGGAAAAUAAUGCUUUUUAAAACAGUCCACCACUUCCCGUGUCCACCGUGUGGCGCUAGAGGACGUGCAAUCUCUAUAUCAACUGGAGACGACCUCAUGUAAAUGUCAUGUAAAUCUUUAAAAGACAGGUGGCCCCCGAUGUCGUCUAGGAUUAGUGGGAGGUGCCCAGUUUAUUUUUUUAAAGUUAUGAAUUUGUAUAUGACUUUUGGGAUUUAAGUCCGUUUUUAUUGUUUCUAAAGAGAUUUUUUAUUUUUACGCUGGUCGUCCGUGAGUCUGAUGUUUGAGGAUAAAACCAUCUUUAAUUGAGAAGAUUUAAGAAUGCAUCUGUUUAAUUAAAGGAUAAAAAAUAAAUAAUGAACUGAUAUGUUAACUUAUAA